CGUAUAUAUGCGGAUCGACAUAACUUUAAGAAUUCUCCACGCCCGCAGCAGAGGCCGAUCAUCGUAAUGAUUGAAAAAUUCCGACAUGAAUCUCUGCUCAUCUCUUGUCAUCCUGAUGGCAUUGUUGACGCAGGCAUCUGAUGCACUGAUAGUCUCAGUCUCAUUGAUACCAUGCUGGUAUGUUCUGCUUAAACAUACCGAGCAGCUCGCGAUCAUGGAUGAGAGCUCACAAGUCAGUCUGUCUGAAACGCAAUCUGAAAUUGAUGGCUUAGCUAACUGUCACGCGCUAUGAAUUCAUCCUCCAUCGGAAUGGCUCGUCAACACUUAAGCCUGUCUUUGGUUACCAAAGAUGGAAAAGCGCACGUGCACGAGAUCCAACGGACAAAUGUGGCCUGCUCUAAUCACAUAGUUUCCUUCUUUGGUCAAAAAAAAAAAAAAUCACAUAGUUUCCUUCCAGUCACUGAACCCAGAUGGUAACCCACUAACUAAAUGCGGGCCCACUCCUGUCUCGUGCAAGGAUAAAGCUAUUAUUUCCGGUUUCAAUAUCCUGGGCACUCAGUAUUUGCUUUACUGCUCCUCCCUUGAUUGGAUGGGCGAUUCGGUGCACGCGUCGGCCAUCCCGCAAAAUGGAUUAUCGAGCUUUGUUCAAAAGAGUAGAAAGGAGGGAUUUAAGCUACUGGUCCCAGUGACAGUGAUGAUAAUUUUUUCAUUGUCGAGUUUUCUAAUUAUAAACGGUGGAGCUGCCAUGCGAGAGAAGCGUUGGCUUGCUCCACUGAUCAAGCAGAUGGAAGCAACUCAACAGGCAGAGAGGAGAAAUAUGAACAAGAACCUCACCUUAGCUUGUGCCAGCCAUGAUAUUCGUGCCUCUCUCGCCGCCCUUGCUGGUUUGAUACAGAUGUCGUAUCAUGAAGCUGUCCCAGGUUCAGAAUUGGACACCAAUUUAAAGCAAAUGGAUUCUUGUGCCAGAGACUUACUAGGAUUGUUGAACUCUAUACUUGACGCCAGCAAGAUUGAGGCUGGAAAAAUGGAAUUAGAGGAAGAAGAGUUUGAUCUUCCCCAAGUUUUGGAGGAUGUAGUUGAUUUAUUCCAUGCUGCGGCUAUGAAGAAAGGUGUGGAUCUUGUAUUGGACCCUUGUGAUGCUUCUAUUAUCAGAUGUUCCCGCAUGAAAGGUGACACAGGAAAGCUUAAGCGAGUUUUAGUAAAUUUGCUAAGCAACGCCGUUAAAUUUACUGAUGAGGGGCACAUAGCAGUUCGAGCAUGGGGUCAGAAGUCAAUGACCGCUUCUAACCGUCACAGCCUCAUGAAGCAUUUAUCGUGCUCAUUUUAUAAGGAGAGUGAAAGGCAUAGAAACCCAGAAGCUGUGAAUGCAAUCCAUGGGGACCCUAAUGUCAUGAAUUUUGUGUUUGAAGUGGAUGAUACCGGAAGAGGAAUUCCUAAAGAGAAACACAAGUAUGUGUUUGAGAAUUAUGUUCAGGACAAAGAAACUGCCCUCGGACGAGUAGGCACUGGCUUGCGGCUUGGUAUCGUGCAAUCGUUGGUACAUUUGAUGCAUGGAGAUAUAGGAAUUGUGGAAGAGGACAUGGGAGAAAAGGGAACUUGUUUCAAGUUCAAUGUACUCUCUUACUGCGUGUGAGAAAGUCACAGGUGGCGAUAGCACAAGGGAAGGUAUUAACAGGCACCAGCCUCGGGGACAGACUUUUCAAACUCCUAGAUCCUGUCCAAGGCCAGGGGGUUCCAUGGUUGUUCUUUCCAUUCAGUACGAGGAGCGUCGAAGGA